AGAUUUGAGGUCAAACGGAUUGAAAAAGUACCAAAAAGAAGUUGAAGUGAAAAAGUUGUUCAACUGAAGGCAGGUGCUUCGAUGGAGGCGGCGGCAGCCCCGGACGAGGUCAAGUGCAGGCAGAGGCUGCCUUAUUCCCACCUGCUCAACAUAUGCAUCCGCAAGGGAGAAAAGGUCCGCGACUUCAUAGUCCGGUGGGAGAAUGAAGCAAGAGACGUGCAUGGGGCGGAUGACCAGGCGUUGGUUGCCAUGUUCCAAGUAGCCCUUCCCCGCGGAGAGGUGGGGAAGGGGCUCCGCAAGAAUCCUCCCCCCACGUACCAAGAGACCUUGGCGCGCGCAAAGUUCUUAGCCUCGGAGGAGUUCGAUGACGCCCCGGAAUCCGAGGCCGCGCCGGCUAAGCGAUCUCCAGCGGAUUCGGGAGAGACCGUGAAGAAGAGGAAGAAGAAGAAAGACUAUACCGCGGGCCCGAGGACGUCCUCGGCCGGAGUAUACUCUGUGGGCGCCCCCGUGGGGGCGGGUCGAGAGCUUGCCCUUUCCCCGGUCCCCCACGUAGAGGCUUACGCGGUGUCCAGCGGAACUAAGUAUUUCGAGUACCAUCGUAACAACACUCAUAACACUAAGGAAUGCUUCACUCUCCAGAAGGAAAUGCAGCGACUCAUCGCCCGAGGGCCGCUUCCGCGAGACGACGCGGCUACCCCCUCCCGGGGGCCGCCGGAAGGAAGAACUUGGAGGAAGCCGACUGAGCCAAUCGCAGUGGCGACGCAAGCAAGGAACCCCGAGAAGAGGUACAUCGGGCGGGAAUGCGACGAUCUGGACGAAGACGAAGCCCAAGGAUAUCCGGUGGGAUUUAUCCAUGGGGGAAACAUUGGCGGGGACUCCGCCGCUCAGAGGAAGAGGUGGAAGCACAUGGCCUUUGUCGCCAAGGUCCAUCAGGCGCCGGCGCCCAAGCUCGGAAGACGAGAGCAAAUCCAAUUCACGGAGAAGGUUCUACCGAACACGCCGAGUCCCCACCGGGAUGCCUUAGUCGUGAAGAUAGAGAUCAACGACGCCAUAGUACACCGCACCUUGGUGGACACGGGAAGCUCAGUCAAUAUAAUCAUCAACUGUGUGCACAACAUGAUCCUGGGGCGGCCCGGCCUUGAGGACUUGGAAUGUGUGAUCUCCCCAUACUACUUAUGCAUGAAGUUCCCCACUCCAUCCGGCAUCGGGGUGGCGAGGGGAGACCAAAAGUUGGCCCGAUCAUGCUACGUAAGAAUCACGAAGAAGUUGCCGAGGGAAGAGACACUGGUCGUACACGCGCAAGAGGAAAUGCGCAAGCUGGAAGCUCGGCCUUCGACCGAGCCCGCCGAGGAAGUCGAGGAAGUGCCGCUCGACCCACAAGUGCCCGAGCGGAAGGUUAAGGUCGGGGUGAGCCUGACGACGAGCCAGCGGAGGCGCUUGGUGGAAGUGCUCGCCGCCUACCGCGUGAUCUUCGCGUGGGGACCUGGGGAUAUGACGGGGGUGGACCCCAAGAUCAUAUGUCACCGGUUAGCGGUCAACCCGGAGUCUAGGCCGGUAAAGCAGAAGAAGCGUUUCCUCUCGUCCGAGCGGAGGGAGUUCGUCUCCAAGGAAGUGACCACCCUCCAAAGCAUUGGGCAUAUCAGAGAAACAUGCCCGAGCACAUCAGGCGAAUGGCGAAUGGCGAAUGUGGAAGAGCUGUCCGAGCCGAGCAUCCACGCUUCCCCCGUGGCAAUGAUCUAUGCUCAGCCCAGAGAUUGGACGGACGACAUAGUCGCCUUCCUGAAGGAUGGCACCCUCCGAGACGAAUCGAUGAAGGCCAAGUUCGUCCGGACAAGGGCACCGGGGUAUACCUUGGAAGGCGAGAAGCUAUACAAGCGAGCAUACAACGGGACGCUACUCAGGUGCCUCCGACCAGCCGAAGCGAAACAUGUCAUGGAGGAGGUGCACGCCGGAAUCUGCUCCGCCCACCAAGGAGAAUACGCGGUGUCAAUGAAGAUAACCCUUCAAGGAUAUUUCUGGCCAACAAUUGUUAAGGAUUGCGCGGAGUUCGUAAAGAAGUUUAAAGUGUGCCAAGAGUUCAAGAAGGUACCAGGGAGGCCUUCAACCAACUACACCCCCAUCAGCACAGCCAUCCCGUUCGCGCGGUGGGGGUUGGAUCUCGUGGGUGCACUCCCUAGGGGCACCGGGAACGUGAGGUACGUCAUCGUAGCCAUUGACUAUUUCACUAAGUGGGUGGAAGCAGCCCCAUUGGCAAGCAUCACCGGAGCUCAAUGCCAGAAGUUUCUCGCAAAGCAAGUCAUCUGCCGCUUCGGCGUUCCCGAGCACAUAAUCACGGAUAAUGGGACACAAUUCGAGUCCAAGCCCUUUAACGACUUCCUUGGGAGCUGGGGGAUCAAGCACAGCUAUGCGUCGGUUGGGUACCCACAGACGAACGGACAGGUCGAGAACGCCAAUCGAACGAUAGUCGACAGGCUGAAGCAGAAGUUGGAGGCCUGCCGAGGGGAGUGGGCAGAGGAGUUGCCUUACAUCUUAUGGACCUACCGGACCACGCCUAGAAGGGCGACCGGAGAAACCCCCUUCGCCUUAUGCUACAGAUUCGAGGCGAGGGCUCCUGCGGAGAUCUCCAUCGCAACCCACUGGGAGGAGAUCUUCGACCUCGAGCGUAACGAAGAAGCCCUGGCAGCCGAGCUCCAUCUCGUGCACGAGAGGCGAGAAGCGGCCUUCAUACGAGCAGAGAAUUCCUGAAGGAAGGUAAAGAGCUACCAUGACGGGCGUGUGCGCGCACGGGGGUUCAUCGAAGGAGAGUGGGUGCUGCGCAAGAGGUCCGUGAGCCGCCCCCUGGAAGGUGGAAAAUUUGCCAAGAAUUACGAAGGCCCCUACAUCAUCAAAGAAGUGGUAGGCCCCUCAACGUUCCGCCUGCAGACGCCGAGUGGAGGGGAUGUGCCAAGGACUUGGAAUGCUAAGAACUUGGUU